GAGGCCAAGGUGGGCGGGGACGAAAGAGUUGAUGUCAGCGUCAUGUGUCCCCUUCCUCCACUCUCCACCACCUUCAUCAAAUCUUUACAUUUACACAAACACCUUCAAUUCAUCACACUUUUUUAAUUUAAUUUAAUUUUCUAGUAUAUUUUAGAAUAGUCAAUCCUUCCUUUAAGUUUCCUUCUCCCCUUGGCAUUUUUCCAUUAUUCAAUUCAAUUUCAGUCAAAAAUUCCAUUCCAACGAGAUUUCCAUUGCUGCCAACGUAAACGCGUUCAAUUUUCAUUCACGCACGCACCAAAACUUUAAUAAUCUUCUUUAUUAUAUUCUUCUUCUUCUUCUUCUUCUUCUUCUUCUAAUUUGCUUCACACUGUAACUACUCUGACCUUUUCCUUGCCGUUGAACUUCAAUCUCUUCUUCUUAAUCCCAUUUCCUUUCUUUCUCUCUAAUCAGGAAAUUAUUUGAAUUUGAAGGUAUUUCCAUUUUCCAGCAACGAUGGGAGGGGUUUGUUCUGGAGGGACAAAAGCAAAGCAAGCUAAAGUUGCAGAGAAAAAUUAUGAGUUUUCUGGGAAGCCAAGCUCAAUCAAGAGCUUUACCAAGCAUAAAGAGAAUUCUCGUUCCUUUACUAAUAACGUCGAUGAUAAUUUUGGCAAGACUACCACACCGCAGAGGUAUAAAUCCGGUGAGCUGUUCUUGUCUUUCUCAAGAGAACUUAAGCCGUCAACGCCUGCUAGGGGUGGAGCUGCCAAGGAUGGCCAGAGGAGUUCAUUUAUUGGAAAAGCUGGGGCUGUGAGCCUGAAAAAAGCAGUUGAAGUUUUAGACACUCUUGGCAGUAGCAUGUCAAAUCUGAAUGCCAGGAGUAGCUUUGUCUCUGGCAUGGCUUCUAGAGGGAACAGAAUAUCUAUAUUGGCAUUUGAAGUAGCUAACACAAUAGCCAAAGGUGCAAACUUAUUUCAAUCACUUUCAGAAGAAAAUGUUCAAUUCCUGAAAAAGGAGAUAUUACAUUCAAAAGGAGUACAACAACUUGUUUCGACUGAUGUGAAAGAGUUGCUAAUUCUUGCUGCUGCUGAUAAAAGAGAGGAAUUUGAUGUAUUUGCACGUGAAGUAAUUCGGUUUGGAGAUCUAUGUAAAGACCCACAAUGGCAUGGCCUGGGUCGAUAUUUUACAAAAUUAGAUUCAGAGUAUUCCGCUGAUAGACAACCUAGAGCAGCGGCAGAAACCACAAUUCAGGAGUUGACUACUCUGGCUCAACAUACCUCUGAAUUAUAUCAUGAAUUGCAUGCUCUGGACAGAUUUGAACAGGAUUACCAGCAGAGGCUUGACGAAGUGGAGUCCUUACAUCUCCCCAAAAAAGGAGAGAGUCUCACAAUUUUACAAAGUGAGCUAAAACAACAAAGAAAGCUUGUAAGGAGCUUGAAAAAGAAAUCACUAUGGUCAAAAAAUUUGGAGGAGAUUGUGGAGAAGCUUGUUGAUAUAGCUACCUACUUACACCAAGCUAUCUUAGAAGCAUUUGGAAACAAUGGUGUCAGAUUGGCUAGUGAGGAGCCUGGCAAGAAUCCUCAAACGCUAGGUGCAUCUGGUCUCGCACUGCACUAUGCUAAUGUCAUCAACCAGAUUGACAACAUUGCAUCUCGCCCCACCUCCCUUCCUCCUAAUACAAGGGAUAAUUUAUAUCAUGGGUUGCCUACCAGUGUUAAGACAGCUCUACGUUCCCGACUACAGAUGGUUGACACUAAGGAAGAGCUCACAGUAGCUCAGGUGAAAGCUGAAAUGGAAAAGACUCUGCAGUGGCUUGUACCCAUCGCCACCAACACCAACAAAGCACACCAAGGUUUUGGGUGGGUUGGAGAAUGGGCAAAUACUGGAAAUGAAUUUGACAAGAAUUCAACAACACAGAACAACCUGAUCCGCCUACAGACACUUUACCAUGCUCACAAGCAGACGACUGACACAUACAUUCUUGAAUUGGUGACACUGCUUCAUCAGUUGAUAAACUUAGUAAGAAAUAGAGAUCAUGGUUUCAAAGCUAUGCCAGUUCGAUCUCCUACUCGGAAGGGACUGGUUUUCCAAACCAAGAUGCAACAACUUUUAUCCCUCAACUACAGUACUACAACCAACAGCGUUCAACUUUCUAAAGAAGACAGAGAUUUAUUAGACAAGGUGUGCAGGAGGAGAUUGGUUCCAGGAAUAAGCAAGAGUCAAGAAUUUUGCACAGCCAAGAAAAGAGGUAAAGUCUGGGGAUCCAGCAGGAGCGCUGGAAGUUCUCCAGUUAGGGAGAUUGAUACAAGACAAAAAUUACAACACCCAAAUAAAUUGUACGUUAUGGAUGGCUUACACUCAACACCAUGUAUUAAUUAUAGGCAUUGAAUUCCCUGGUGAAUUGUUUAUUUUUCCUGUAUAUUCAUUCGUCAAAUUCUCAUUCUAUAGUAUAUUAACCCUCUAAUGUAUUGUGAUGAUUUGCAUAUAAUGAUAUAAGAUUAAUAUUCUUGACCACCAA